AACCGCACCGUCCGGACGCGAAAACCGGAGCCUAGCUAGUGAUAUUGGGGGUUCGUCGCUUAUUUUCGGGGAGCGCCGCGUUGAAGUCACCGCGCGUUUUGUUCGCGUUGUUUGUGCACUUGUUUUUCCUGUGUGACAAUUUUGAAACAGUGUCAAGGUGGAUUAGCUGCAGACAGAACCGACCGGAUAUUCCGGGGUGGAUUUUGUGACCUAGAGUCACUCCAGAGCAGGAAGACUUGAGAGCUGUGCCACAAGGAUUACCAAACAGUGAUUGUGAGUGUUGAAGGCAUACCUUCCACGAAUAAAAGUGCUCAAAAGAUUCAAAGUGUUUCAACAAAAAAUAACAGGAAAAAAAUACAACAACAGCAAAAUAGCAAACAAAAGUGAUUCAACGGAAAGCGAAAGUGCAAAGUUUUACCCGCCAGAACAAAAAAAAAAGAUCAUCCCCAAUUUCGAGGAAAGUGAACGCUGAACUAUCAGACUUGAAGCUGAAAGCAGAUCCAGCGUGGUUUAGUGCGGAGUGGUGUGUUGUCCCUUGAUUGGAUUUAAAAGGAGAUUUUAUUUCCUGCGGCAGCCCAGUUUUCACAGAUUCAUCGACUCAACAAAAUUGAAGGAUGCGGUUGACUAGGUUAUUUUAUACAACGUUACUAAUCGGCAUAUUACAGAUCACGGUCGCGGACGACCAGAUCGAGGUGGUCAAGGCCAUCAGUCCGGACGAUGGAGGUGGCGGCGGCGUCGGCGGCGGCGGUGGAGGUGGAGGUGGUCUCGAAAAGCGGGAAAAUGACUCCGACCAGGUGGCGCUGGAGUCCAUCGAUCAGGACCACCAGGGAGCGUCGUCGGCGUCGGUUCACUCGUACCCGCAGCACAUCCCGCUCUCGAUAGGACACGGACCGCCACCGCCCCAGCACCAGCAGGGACCGCCAGGGCCGCCGCCACCGCCACACUUCCAGCAGGGACCCCCCCAUGGACCGCACGGACCGAUCAUCCACGGGCAUGGACCGCCACCGCCACCGCAGGGCAGGGGCGGCCCCCACGGCGGCCACGGUCACCCCUUCGGCCCGCCGCCCCUUCCGGCGGCCCACGCGUACCACGGUCCACCGCCACCGCCGCCACCACCCCAGCAGCAGCAGCUGCCCAAGGUCCAACCGACGGAUCUGGCCCCGGAAAAGCUGUACGGCGCGCCACUGGCCGGAAACGACCUGUGGAGCUCGCCGCUGCAGGACAUGCCCAAGAUUGUGUCGCUGGACGUCAAGUGCGAGAAGCAGGGCAUGAAGGUGUUUGUCCAGUUUGACAAGCCGUUCUUCGGGAUCAUCUUUUCGAAGGGGCAUUACAGCAACGUGAACUGCGUCCAUCUGCCGGCGGGGCUGGGCAAGUCUUCGGCGACGUUCGACAUUGGGAUCCACGAGUGCGGAACGGCUGGGAAUACGGAUAAUGCUUUGUAUAAUGGGUAUUCGGGGACGGAGUCGGGGGCUGGGUCUUACUUUGAGAAUAUUAUUGUGCUGCAGUACGAUCCGCAGGUGCAGGAAGUUUGGGAUCAGGCGAGGAAGUUGCGCUGCACGUGGCACGAUCAGUACGAGAAGAGUGUGACGUUCCGGCCGUUCCCGGUGGAUAUGCUGGACGUGAUUAGGGCGGACUUUGCUGGUGAUAAUGUUGGGUGUUGGAUGCAGAUUCAGGUUGGAAAGGGUCCUUGGGCGUCCGAGGUUUCCGGGUUGGUGAAGAUCGGCCAGACGAUGACGAUGGUACUGGCGAUCAAGGACGAUGACAGCAAGUUUGACAUGUUGGUGAGGAACUGCAUGGCCCAUGACGGCAAGCGGGCGCCGAUUCAGCUGGUGGACCAGCGAGGUUGCGUCACACGACCCAAGUUGAUGAGUCGGUUUACGAAGAUCAAGAACUUUGGAGCGAGCGCUUCGGUGCUGUCGUACGCCCACUUCCAGGCGUUCAAGUUCCCCGACUCGAUGGAGGUCCACUUCCAGUGUACGAUCCAGAUCUGCCGCUACCAGUGCCCGGAGCAGUGUACCGACCCUGGGAUCCUGGACGUGCACCACCUGUCCGGAGGUCCGGAACACCAGCAGUACGGUCCACCACCGCCACCUCCGCAAUCGCUGGAACAGCACGUAUUUGGCAACCGCAAGCGAGAUGACCGCCGGAUCCGUCGAACUCGUGAGGCCGGAGAACCGGAAGAGAAGGAGGACGUCGGCAUGAAGCGCAUCAUCCGGGUCGUGUCCCCGGGCGACCUGACCUUCCCCAUCGGCAGCCAAAACUCGACCAACGACUCAACGAUGAUCUUCCCCGCCCGCGAGGAGGGCCUCAUCUGCAUGACCACCCCGGGCUUCACGGUCACGAUCGUGGUCCUGCUCUCGAUCCUGGUCGCGUCCUGCAUAACCAGUGCCUUCCUCUGCAUACGGCUCAAACCGUUCUCGUUCUCCUCGAGCAAGGAGCGGGCGGUAGCCUUCACCAAUCCCCACCUCAGUCCGUCCACGGCCUCGAUCGUGUCCAGCGGGCCCAGCUCCAUGAUCAGCGGCACGCUCAAAUCCACCAAGUCCACCAAGUCGAGGAACUUUUACUCGUAAGUCAAGCCCCCAGUUUCCCCCGAAACCCCCCUGUCCCCAAAACUACCAAACAAUAGAAACUCACCCACACACAGCCGCAAUAGUAUGCACACAACUGCAAGUACAAGGUUCUCUCAGUGAUGAACACGCACCCGAACACAAAACCCCCCGUCGAACCGAACUCACCUAAACACACACACACACAUAAACACUUUUUGUUUGAUGAUAACCGUCAAAACCUUAAGUCAAAUCGAUGCCGACGGUUGACAGCUCGCUUACCUUGUGCACUUCAAGCGCGUUGCGCUUGCACUGCUGAAGGUAAGCUAGCUGUCAAACGUCGACGAAAAAACGAACGAACGCACAAACGCAUUAGUCAAAGCUGUUUUCGUUAAGUUUUCCCCACUGUUUCUGUCAACUGUUGACGCACGAAUGUUAGUGUAACGGCGUCGAAACGUUUCUGCUAGGCUAGAGAGAACAAAGUUCAUCCCAGGUGGGCACCGGCCACUGACGUGGCAACGGCGUGCACGCAUUAUUAUUGUUUAGCGUAGAACAAGCGUUUAGGUUAGGUUUUUUUUCGUUAAGUUUUUGUUUGCACGCACACACAUACACUUAAAUCGGGGAAGAUUCUUUCGUUCGUUGAGUUUUUGUUUGUCGUACUUAUUCUUGCCCAUGAACAGAGAGAGAAGAAAUCUAGCACCGGAAAAUUUAAAUUUUAACGUAAAAAACGAAGAAGGAAGAUUCCAGCGCUAUCUUAAUGGGUCGCCAUAUUUAUUUAUAAUUAAAGAUUACUUUUAAACACACACUCGGAUACGAGCGCAUCAAGCUGCGCAGUUUUACUUUUAUUCCCGCAAAAAAAAAUCUUUUGUUUGCUUACACUUUUGUUUCCGUUUUUUUAAGGGUGGCUGUUUUAUGUUUACCUUUUACCGCACACAAACACAAUUCCAAUGGUUCCGCCGUGUGGCGCCACGCAGUAGGCGGCGAACGCCCGAACUAACAAAAGUGUCAAAGCCUACUCUGACAGGUGCUGUCAAAAACCCCGCUAUCUCAGGUCUACAACCAGUGCUACUAUGUUUAUUCUC